UGAAAGGGCGGUUCCACUCCCCGGGGACCCGCCGGGGCUUUAUUCUAGAGUCACUGGAGCGUGGCUGCGCUUUUCCUUCCCGUUUGUAGGUGAAACCCUAUUGGCUUCACUGGGUCUUUGAUUUAAACCACGCCCGGCUUGCUGCCCGCUUUGCUGCGGCUCGGCCAGGCCACCCAGCCUCAUCCCAGCCCCGUGUGCAGGGAGCCCGGGGGCUGCUGCUGCUAUUGUGUGGAUGCCGCGCGUGUCCGCUCUCUUUUCCAGAGAUGGCUAACAGGGGCCCCAGCUACGGCUUAAGCCGAGAGGUGCAGGAGAAGAUCGAGCAGAAGUAUGACGCGGACCUGGAGAACAAGCUGGUGGACUGGAUUAUCCUGCAGUGCGCGGAGGACAUAGAGCACCCGCCUCCCGGCAGGACCCAUUUUCAGAAAUGGUUAAUGGACGGGACGGUUCUGUGCAAGCUGAUAAAUAGUUUAUACCCACCAGGACAAGAACCCAUCCCAAAGAUCUCUGAGUCAAAGAUGGCUUUUAAGCAGAUGGAACAAAUCUCCCAGUUCCUAAAAGCUGCGGAGGUUUACGGCGUGAGGACCACUGACAUUUUUCAGACGGUGGAUCUAUGGGAAGGGAAGGACAUGGCAGCUGUGCAAAGGACCCUGAUGGCUCUAGGCAGUGUUGCAGUCACCAAGGAUGAUGGCUGCUACCGGGGAGAGCCAUCCUGGUUUCACAGGAAAGCCCAGCAGAACCGGAGGGGUUUCUCAGAGGAGCAGCUUCGCCAGGGACAGAGCGUAAUAGGCCUGCAGAUGGGCAGCAACAAGGGGGCAUCCCAGGCGGGCAUGACCGGGUACGGGAUGCCCAGGCAGAUCAUGUGAGACUCCGCGUCCCGCCCCGCCCCGGUGGAGAGGGCGAAUGUUCCACGCACCUUCUCUACGAAAAAGAAGUAGCUAGUCACCUGCCCUUCUCCUCUUUCUCAAAGCUCCUGUCCUUGGUUUUUGCCAGUGCUGCAUUUCUGCUGAGAAUCCACGUUGCCUACUGCUGCCACCUUCUGUUCCUUUAGAACUAUGCAAAGACUCCGCUUUCUUCUUCCCGAGCUCCUCCUUCGCUCCCACGUCUUUGUUUGAUUAUUUAUUUAUUUAUUUGCCAAUUAUUUCCCUCCUCGACUUACAGAACACACCCAAUAAAGAAGUUAGUCUUGUGUGUUAAAA